AGUACCCUCAGCCUAUCCUUAAGCCAUGAGCCCUAAAAUCGUUCUCGUUGGUAGUGUCUACUAAAUCAAUGAUUUUGAUAAAAUUUAACAUUGACCAUCGAUAAAAUAUACGAAUUAUAAAACUUUUUCAAAAGCAUAACUUUAUCCUAUUCUCAUAGCGAAAUUUUGUAAAUUGUCAAUAUACUGUGACAUACCGUCAAAUAUUCAUCUACUAUCCAAAACAUGGGUCCCAAAACAAAUAAAUAUUUAAUAAAUAUAGAAAUAUGACACACUUGAACCAGCUAUAAGUAAAUAAGAUGUGAAAUAAUCAGCAGGUUUAAAUUAAUUAUGCAGUGGAAUCAGCCAUUUGAAAGCUACGGCUUACAGAGUUAUCCAAAAACAGCGUCACCAGCAUUCACACAAAUAGUAGGCGAAGGAGAUGUUACGGCAGUAACGUUUCUGGAUGGCAGUGUACAGUUUUAUUUUAUCCCAACAAUCAGACAAAACCAGUUACCGUAUCCAUGUACUGUGAAGAAUCCGUAUGGCAGUCUUUUUCCUAAUCCAACUAACGCAGAGGUCUGGUUUGUUCGAAGCAUCACAAAUCCCCAACAGAGUGUAAAUAUUCCUGUUCCACCACUUUUUAAUAUUCAACUCCCAAAUACAUUUGGAGAUUGUCCACCUUACUCGCCUCCAAACUAUUAUAUGAAUACGAAUCCAGCUACAUACCACGAAUAUACACAGAAGUUUCACAAUGACGCAUGGACAUCAACAACAGAUAUUCAUUACUUUUAUCCAAGCUUACGACGAGCGAAGUAUUUGCAAUACUGUUCAGAAACUCAAACUGAUCCUUUCCAGCAAAACAACAAUCUUGGACAAAAUGGUAAACUUAACAGACCCUGUCUUUGUGGACCAAGUUCAAGUUUAAAGGAACAGAAUAGCAAUAAUGCAGAAUGCGAUUGCUAUCCAAAAGUGCAAAUUAAGUCUAGUCAUAGUUGCAUGUCGGUUGAUAGCGAAAGCGAAACAGAAAGACGGAAAUCCAUAAAAUUUAAGAAAACGUCUGCGAAACACAAAAAUACCUCUAAAAGAGAUCACAUCAGAUUUUGUGAAUGCGAUCAGGUCAGAAAGAGUACUUCAAACAAAUUUGUAACGACGUAUGCCGAUCAAGCGACCGAAGACGUUGCGAAGGAUGGUCAAGGUACACAGACAGAAAUGUCCAAGUCGACGAACAAAAGCGAUAUCAAAGUAGAGAAACCUAAGCCCAAACAAAAAGCACGGAAUUCAAAAGCACGGAAUCCAAUAAUCAAAUUAAGUAGCUCAAGCGAGAGUUGUCCGUUCUGCGAUUACUGCACAUGUAGUACUUCGAAAACCGAUUAGCUCAGUGAUUGAAUAAAACAACGUUAUGUAUUUAUAGUUUCUUAUAAUACAUUUAUCCCUUAUUGUUACAUGUAUUUACAUUUUAAAAAUAAUACAAU